AUGUCUGGGCGAUCGGAUUGCAGGAAAUUUGCACCAAACAUCUUCAACAAGAGCAAAUGCACUAAUUGCUUCCGUCAGAAGGAGGAGCAUAGUGCUGAGGCUUUGGAAUCCAAUCGGGCAAGCCGAAAGAUAUCAAAAUGCGGGUAUCUGUUCGUGGCCCCUGGCUGGGACUUCUCCAAUCCGCUCUACAGAACAAAGAGAUGGCAGCGGAGGUGGUUCGUCCUAUAUGACGAUGGGGAGCUAACAUACUCAUUGGACGAACACCCAGACACAGUCCCUCAGGCCAGCAUCGACAUGACGACAGUCCUGGAGGUGAGCGAGGCGGACAGUGUGACGGGGCACUCCUAUAGCCUGGCCAUCACGGCUCCGGAGCGAGUGACCUUCGUGAAGGGAACCUGCAGGGAGGAGGCGCGGUGGUGGUCUGACGUGCUUAGUGUGUACCCGAGGAGUAAGGGUCGACAUAAGAGGAAUGCGACGUUCCCUGGGGGACAGACAGCAAGCCUGUUGCAGUCGUCUACAACAAGAAAAUACUCCGCGGAUGCGUCAACUCUUCGCGAUGUAGCAGACGGCUGUCAGGCCAGCAGGCCCAGGUACUGCUCUGGUGGCACCACCACCUGGCCUGGCCCCAGGGUACAGCCACCACAGCCAGAGAUCCCAAGCCUAGCCGCCCCUACACCCAUCGACACCAAAGUAUACACCGACCAACCAGUAUCAUCAGCGUCGCCCCCGACUCGAGACAAGAUCAACGGGGAGGAGAAGGCGAGGUCACGGCGCAGGGAUACCUGGGCAGAACCGUCUACACCACCGGUCACUGAUGAUGCUACAGUUGGAGUUCGGUCACCGCUGCUACAGCAUCAGCAUCAGCAGUACGAUGAACAGCUCCGUGACAUCGCAGCCUCCCUCACUAGGCCACGGUCACGACGAGCGCUACCACCCACCCUGGAGAGACCCACAAGACUGCCGCCACCUGAUCGACUACCGGCUCGUGGCUCACCAGACGGAGGUGCCCCACCAGAAGAAGCGAGCUCCAGUUCAGCAAGCGAAGGUAGCGAGCCUGCUGACACUGUAGAACCAACUGAGAACGGAGAAGGUGGCAGGGUUGAACUGCCAGCCGAGAGAUUACUCCAUGCAAGAGCAGGGUGGCUCCAACGGCGAGGACCAGGUGGCUGGUCGCGACACUGGUUCGUACUCCGAGGAGCAGCCCUACUAUACUUCCGAGAUCCUCACGCAGAACAUAGAGGGUUGAUGGAUGGAGUAAUAGACUUGAGUGGGAUAUCGAGGGUCGUGGAACUGCCGAAUUCAACCAACGGAUAUGCCUUUGAGACUGAGACUUGGGAUGGAAAGCAUAUAGUCCUCUCUGCGGUAACAGCAGGUAUAAGAGCUAACUGGGUGUCAGCAAUGCGAAGAACAGCCGGACUACCCGACACAGGACCGCUAUCACUGAUACUGCGGGAAGAUACUGUGGACCAAGCUUCGGAAUCUUCAACAUCACCUGUAACACCUGUCACACCUAUUACAGGCAGAUCAGCGCCCUUCUCAUCCGACGAAGAAUACAGAACAGCUUCCGAAGGUGGCAGAAGAGAUAGCGCUGACUGGGGAGACAUGGGACCUCAACCACCUCCAUCCCCACUUCUAACAAGGACACCAAUAUCCAAAGUCAAAGAAAAAGUCCGCAUCAGAAGUUCUCAUCAAGCACCACCGCGCGCAGACACCCCUAAAGGCGACCGAGAUGAAAUCGACUCAACCAAAGAAAAAGACCGCAACGUCGAUGAUGUUGAUGAGAACGAAAAGCCCGUCGAAGCUAGAAAACGUAGCUACAUAUCGACUAUCGACAAACAAUCGAUCGAAAUUGACGACUUGAGGAAACAACUCAAACUUGCACUCAGUGACGUAGGUGCAGCGGAAGCCGAGAUCUCUAGACUUCAAAAACUUAAAACCGAAGCUGCUAUGCAAGAAAAGAAGAUGGAGGAAUUGGUAACAGCACUGCAGAAGAAAGAAGAAGAACUGUCAGUUAGAACAAAAGAGGCUGAAAACUUAGACGCGAUAAAAGAACUUUACAAUCAAGACAAGAGUCUAUGGGAGAACAAGUUGACAGAGACGCAGAACUUCUUGAAAGAAUCGACAGAACAUUGUGAGUUAUUAACAAGGCAGUUAGCUUCCGCGCAGGAGACAAUUGCCCAGUUACAACGAGAGGUGAACGAACUAAAUGAGAAACUGCUUAAGAGUGUCAGAGAAAGUGACAGCUUGUACUCAAGGAUAAGGGAUCUUGAAGGUCGAACACUUGUGGAGUCAACAUUACCCAGCAAGGAAAAGAGAAAGAGUAUCGGAUCUCUCAGUGAUCUCACGAACUUGAACCAAGACUUGAACCUGGAAGCGAUGGAGAAAGACAAACUAAUAGAAGAGUACGGGGAACUAAGAGAUCGAUUCGUGAAGGCCAUUCAAGAAAUCAAAGCCAUGAAGAAAGAACUACGAGAUUCACAUAAUAUGUAUGAUGAACUCGAGGUCACCAAUAUGAAGUUGAGGAAUGAGAUGAAGCUGAGAGAGCAGUGCAGCCGCUCAGAGAUCGACCUCAUGGCGGCUCGAAUCCUCGACCUCACGCAGAAGUUAACAGCUUCAGAUAAACAGGUCAGGACACUCAAACACAAAAUCCAAAAGUCUGAAUCUAGAGAGAAAAGACGAAGUCUGUCAUUAAAAGGCAGAGAGUCAUUCACUCUAGGCAAAGAAGUAGAAGAGAAGUUAACAGAGCUCGAAAACAAAAUCACAAUGCUGGAGUCCGGCGAACCAGUCCCAACGAUAAACUCUCCCUCCAAAAGUGCGUCACCUGCCAAAGAAAAAACUUCCAAAUCAGAAAACCCAUCAGAUGAGAAACGGAUGAAACGACUCGCCGCCCGACUGCGGAGGAAAUCUCUCGAUAGUGCGACCAGCUCCGAGCCAAUGAAGAUGCUGGUCAGGUUGAGCUCGCUAGAAACCAAAGUAGCCUCCGCUUUAGAGAACCGUAAGGACCUUACAAACUCUUGCGAGUCUCUGAGUCAAGCAACCAGAUCCAUAGAGAGUCCAUCACUCAACGAGAGCCCCGAAGCUUCCAGUAUCGGCACGCAGUCACAGAGGCACCUGCUGGAGAGGCUACAGAGUCUAGAGAACGUAGUGAUACACUCUAGGAAUAAGGUGAACGAGUGCCUUUGCCAAAUGAGUGCGAUGCGAGCCGCCAAGUCACGGAGAUCACCCUCACCGAGUCUCGAAAAGAAAUAUAGUCUCAAGUCAAUGGAAAAGUGCCUUACAGACGUUAGCAAGAGGCUACAAGAGUGCUUCGAUAAGUGUGUAGUUGACUACGAUCAUAACCAAAACCAGGAAGAUGUAAACGAUAGCGUAGCUCAGGUGGUCGUACAGCUGGAAGAACAAUUGAGGACCAAACUGUUGGAGAUAUCCAAGAGGAAAGCAGCGCUGUACGAGGCAGGUGAACUCACACAGAGAAAGAGCCUCGAGAUACUGGCAGAGAAACUGGCUUACGAGGCAGUCCUCGUCGGCAGGAUACAAGAGGCGUUGGAGUCCUCGAAUGGCAGCAGAUUCUUCGCGCGAUUGAUAAAGUCUGAAAUUAUCGAAACUAGUCAACUAAUAGAUAACCUCAAACGUAAGAUCAAUGGCGACAGCAGCAGGAGUAGUGCUGGCACUAGGAGCUCGCUGGAUUACCUCGCCAUGAUACUCACGAGAAAGAUCGACAUCGUCAACGGCUCUAGAGAGGCGCACGAGAGACGUCGCUCCGAGCUCAUCAUCCAUGGAGCCGACCUCGAAGCACUGAAGGCAUCACAGCGCGAAGUAGCUGACGCAGUCGAUCGGUAUAAGAGCGAGAAACUUGCUGAACUGUGCUCUGCGCUCGCUUGUGAGACUCUCAGCUACUCCGCCCCUGCCGACGGAGACACCGAGAGGCAGCGAGCCAACCUCGAGGCAGCGCGCGUGCGGGAGGCCUGGGCCGCUGCACGGGACGCGCUGGGCGCCGAGCUCGUGCAGGCCGAGGUCACGCGGGCGCUGGCCCGGGCCGCCGCCACCUGCGACCAGCGGCUGGACCAGGCGCGCCGCGCCCGCCUCACUCUCACUGCGCAGGACCGCGCCGACCUGGAGCUGUGGUGGCAGGCUGCGCACGACCACCUGCGCUGUGAGAUGGACGCCGCCGUCAAGGACAUCGCCGCACGCUACCGCAGCUGUCUGGCCGCGGAGCGCAGGCCGCGCGAGGGAUCGCCCGGCCUGGACAGCCGCGUACUACUGCAGCAGCUGGCGGAAGCGCUGGCGCAGCGUGCACUAGUGGACGCGAGGGUGGCAGUGCUGGAUGGCACAUACCGCGCCUCCAGCCCGCGGGAGCCCACCAGCCCGCGCCGCUCCGCCGAGGACACUAUCUCCUCGCUGGAAGCGGACCCUGCGCAGGAGGCGGAGUUCGUCUACCUCUUCCAACGAUUCUCGACCGAGUGCCGAGCGCUCUUCUCCAGUGACUGUUCGGGUAACAGUGAAGACUCGAUGAAGAUCGGCGAGAGCCUCGAGCGGGUGGAGGCGGCCGUGGCCGAGGUGCAGCGCCAGCUGGGCGCGCGGGGGGAGGAGCCGGCCCCGCCCACCGAGCGCCCGGCCACGCCCCCUGGCGCCAGCGCGCUCGAUCGCAUCGACGCGCUGCGCCGGCGUGUCGAAGCUCUGCAAGCGCUGGUGCCCUGCCAGCACUGCAAGCAGCUGCAGGACGCGCUGGACAGGCUCCACGAGGAACGCACGCGCGGUGAGUGCGCCCUGGCCCAGCAGGCGCACGCGCUGGCCGCGGCGCGGCGUGCGCGCGCGCAGCUGCAGGCGCAGCACGAGCGCGAGCGCGCCGCACUACGCGAGCGGGCUCGUACACUGCAGCGUCGCCUGGCCGCGCUGGACUCCGAGUACUCCGCACAGCUGGAGAACUUGCGAGCUGCAUACCAGAGCGCGGUGGCGGCGGACACGCACGGCGACGGGCUGCGCGCGCGCUACCAGCAGGAGAUAGAGCAGCUGCGGGCGCUGUGUGAGAAGGGGCUGCUGGCCAUGGAGUCCUCGCACCGACGCAUCGUCAGGGAGAUGGAGGACAAACACCGCGCAGAGCGGGAGCAGCUCAGGCUAGACAAAGAGCAAGCGUUAGCAGAAGAGACCCGCGCGACGUUAGCCGCACUCGACGCGAUGCGGAAGGCGCACGAGAGUGAAGUUAGGAGGGAGGUCGACAAGUUCAAGGCGGAGUUCCUCAGCAGAGGACAUAAUGGAGACCUCACACAGCUCAGCUCCCGACACCAAAAUGAGAAUGAAAACCACAACGAAGAAGCUAGCUUGGGUUCAAAUAUGCAACAGAUACCUGUGCAGGAGAUGGAGGAGAUAAAGCGGGAGAUCCUCUCCCUCUCUGAGAAGUACUCCGUGAAGUGCGUGGAGUCUGCCGCGCUAGAGGAAAGGCUCGCCACUGCCACCGCGCAACUUGCGCAGGCGCAUAACCAUAUCAUGCAAUUGGAUGCCAGAAACAAGCAACUUCGCGCGCAUCUAAUAUCGGAGGCGAAUGAGAUGAAGAACACGGAGGCGUCCACUCUCUCACAACUCAUAGAGGAAACUGGACCGCAUGGGAGGGCGCCACCGGCGUUGAGGGAGCACCGGCGCCACCUGGCGCCCGCCCGGCAGGAACCUGCCGCUGAUACAGACGAAGUCGUCCCGAGGGAGCCCGCUCCUGGAGGCGGCGAGGCCGGCGCGCCCGGCCAAGAUACAGUACGCGAAGACGGAAAGCACGCGAAACCUGCAACUGUCGCCCGUUCAGAAUUAAAAGCAUCGAAACGUAGCUCCUCGAGCGGUCGACCAGCAAUAUCUCCGCUCGCGGGCAUGGUCGCUGAGCGCAAGAAGCGCUUCGAACUGUAACCGACCGCCACACCACCGCCACGCGGCCGACACGCGACCGACACGCGACUGACACGUCCUACAGACGCACCCACCACGCAUGCACCUGGCCACUCGCUUCUAACCCCUACCACAUAUAACCACUUAUGGAUAUUUUAAACAACUUCUACCUAAAAUGGAAUAAUAUUUAAUCGUCAUUAAUACUAGCGUAGUCAUUUUGAAGUGUAUAUCCUUUUGGAUAUACACUCACUAUAUAAUCAAGAUUGAAAUUAUCAAAUAAAUGACGCAUAAAAACAUUUAUAUUAUCAAUAUACUAAUGUUUAAUUAUUUAAUAUUGUUAAGACCAAAUAGUUUCUACCAUAUUUUUAGUGGCCAGACAUUAUUCCCACCCACCACACAAUUGUAUAUAAUCUAUGAGAACGGUAUAUAAUGUACUAAUUUUCUAAGUGUAGAUUUAAUAGAUCGGUUAGUGAUGUGACUUGUGUAAAUUAUAUACUUAAUGUAAAUACUAACGAAUGUAUCCUCAUUGUUUGUUUUCUAUAUGUUUAAUCUUUAAGUCGUUGUUACCAAAUAUUUCUUUGUAUUUAAUGUGUUUAGCAAGCACUGGGGACGCAGUUAUCAGUAAAUAACAUUACAAACGUUUCUUCAGAUACCUAAUUGUAUUAUUUAUUGCUCUAUUUAUUACUUUUAUUUUAUAUUUGUAUUGAGCUAGUUCGCUUGCUCGCUCCACCUCUGCAGUCUCUCUAAGUUCUACCGCCAAGUAGUUGCGUCUCCAGCGCAACUUUAUGCAUUGUAACCGUGUUUUGAAAGCGUGGACUUAUUUGUGUGUCUAGAAUUUAUUACUAAAGUUUUUAAUCGAUUCGUGGCAUUUAUUAUCUGUACGUUUGAAGAAAAAAUUGUCGAUGUGAGUGACAGCUGUCAUUGAUUAAAAGCGCGCGAAAUUGUAAUGUCGGAAAGUAAAUGCCAUUGAGCGGUUAGUAUAGAGGCAUAUUUAUAAACUUUAUAUCUUAAUAUUAACAUGUUUAUGAGAGUAAAAUAUAUAAUUUGUGUUAUUUUGACUUUGAGCUCGACCUGUAUUACGUGUGCAACUGUUACCAUUCUUCUCGACUCUGGGCAUUGAACCGUCUUCCAGCACCUUCACAUUGUUGUGUAUAGUUAAACACUAACUAGCGGAUAGUUGUAUGUACCUAUUAUAUAACAUGUCACGAAAUUGUAUACAUAAUUUAUGGAAUAAAUUGCUCAAUGUUAUUUAGUGGGUUAAAAAUGAUAUACCAAAACUAUAGUAUGCAUUGUAAGUAUACAAGAUGUGUAGACAACAAUAUAAACGUAAUUAUUCACGGCUAUAAUAAAUUAACUUAUGUUAGUUGAGCUUUUUAUAUGCAGUCGGAGGCACACUAUGUUCAUAUGUUGCGUUUACCUGUUACGAAUGAGUGUUCACAUGUCUAGGCCGCCGGCUGCUCUAGUUGACGUUGUGUUUAUAAUAACAUAUUAUAAAAUGAACAGUAAACUUACAUAAUACAAA